AUGCUGACCGUGCAAUUAUUCUGGGUCGCUCUCGCUGCGAUCUUCGUACAUCUUCUGUUCACUGGCAGAAGACCCAAGAAUUAUCCACCCGGACCUCCUACACUGCCCAUCCUUGGAAACAUUCACUUGAUGCCCACGAAGGAUGCCCAUUUGCAAUUCCGUAAGUGGGCAGACGAGUAUGGGCCUGUUUAUAGUCUCAUUCUGGGCACCAAGCCGUUCAUUGUCUUGUCAAGCGCCCAAGCGGUCAAGGAUCUGCUCGAUAAGAAAAGUGCGCUCUACUCUGACCGACAAGAAAUGUACGUAGGGCAGGUUCUUGGUAGCGGUGGUCUCCGACUUCUUAUGAUGGGAUAUGGACCAACGUGGAGAUCAUUCCGCAAACUGGUACAUUCGCUACUCAACGUCACCACAGCCAAGAGCUACGUACCCUACCAAGACCUCGAGAACAAGCAAAUGCUAUACGAGAUGGUUGUUCAGCCUGAUCAUUUCCUCCAGAGCAUUCGGCGAUACUCCAACGCACUCACGACAACCAUGGUAUUUGGCUGGCGCUCGCCUAUCUACCGAGACCCUAAGCUCAUGCAGCUAUUUGACGGCUUUGCUGAGUUUGCCGAGAUCAAUCAGACAGGCAUCGCUGCCCUCCUUGACUCUUUUCCCGUACUUAGAAAGCUGCCCGACUUUCUCCUGCCUGUGCAGAAGAAAGCCAAGGAGCUCCAUAGAAAGGAGAAGGAUCUCUACCUGAGCCAUUGGCUUAAGGCGAAGCAAGACAUCGCUGAUGGCUCUAUCAAGCCAUGCUUCUGUGUUGGAUUGGCGGAGGCGCAGGAGAAGGAGAAGUUUGAUGAUGCGCAAGCUGCUUACAUCUCUGGAACUCUCCUUGAAGCGGGAUCAGACACAACGUCCAGCACCCUGUAUGCCUUUGUACAAGCCAUGCUCCUCUAUCCUGAUAUCCAGCGGAAAGCUCAGGACGAAAUUGACAAAGUAGUUGGUGAGCGCAUACCAACUAUGGAGGACGAGCAGAGCCUUCAGUAUGUCCGCGCAUGCAUGAAAGAGACACUGCGAUGGAUGCCGACAACUAUCCUCGGGGCUGUCCCUCAUGCUGUUACGCAAGACGAUACCUACAACGGGUAUCUCAUCCCCAAGGGGGCAGGCGUUCUCAAUAACGUCUGGGGUAUUCACAUGGAUCCUGAACGUCAUCCUAACCCUCGCCAGUUCAACCCUGACAGGUACCGAGAUGACUUCCAGAGCUUGGCGGACGCCGCAGCCAAUCCAGAUGCGUCGAAACGAGAUCAGUUCACCUUUGGUGCCGGUCGCCGUAUUUGCCCUGGAAUUCACGUUGCGGAACGAAGCUUAUUUCUAGGCAUUUCACGGAUCCUAUGGGCAUUCAACAUCAGUCCUACUGUCGAUAAGAAUGGUAAGCCUGUGUUGCCAGAUCCGGAUAAGCUGACGCAAGGCUUUGUGUGCAUGCCUGAGGAAUUUCCAGCUAGAAUCAUUCCAAGGUCUGAGGAAAAGAAGGUACAGGUUAUCGAGAGUUGGAAGAAGGCUGAGAAAGAUGUUCUUGAUCCUGAAACAAAGCAGUGGCGUUAG